AGGUCCGUCUCUAGGGGAUUGCUCCGUGACUGCGAAGUGCGAAUCCUUUCCGUCGAGAACGGCAUCACGAACUCAUCUUGGAAUGUAAACACUGCCACUACAGCAGCCAUUCAUGCGUGUUUCCGCGCCCGGAACUUGUUUCCUCAGGCGGGUGCUCGUGCUCGUCACUCGAAAGCAACAGUGCUCUUUUAUGCGAUUCAUGAAUUCUCGUCAUGCGAAUAGCACGUUACGAGAAGUCGAGUUGAUCCUCCUGUUGGAGGUCAACGUCGUGUGUAUAGGAUUGGAUGGCUCGGGGUAUUAUUAUAUCGAGCGCAGUAUUUGCUAUGCACCCCGGAUUCGGACUAUUAAAUGUAAGCAUGCAUUUGCCACGUGUAGUGGCGGACCGGAGUAUAGGAACUCGGCUGUUGCCGCAACUAGGCACUGUGAAGGAGCCGCAUACGCUCAAAGCUGCAGGGUCACGGCAACGUUGACGAAUGGACCCGCCUCCUGCACUGCCUCGAAGGAUGAUGUUUAUGCGGACUUGUGCAUGACCAAUCAUUCGACGGCAAUGAAAAGGCGCCCUUCUGCAGCUUCUUUAUCCAUUGCCAGUGCACUGUAUCCUAUUCGCGUCGCCGGUCGGUCAAGCGGACUUGAGAUAGUAAUAUGCACUGGCGGCUGGGUAGUGCAAUUGGAAUAGCGGUAGUCGUUUGCUUACAAUCACGGCUCCGCGGAAACGAUGUGGCACUGGCGACGUCAUCUUUGCGCCAUGAGGCUGUCGACGAAACACUUUGAAUGGUAACUCGCCUUUACAUGAUGAC